AUUCCACUCCGCUUUUUACCUCGGCCAUACCCCUCAGAUCCCGACUCAGAUCGGAGUUUUAGCGACUCUCCCUGGUAAUGCAGGUCGGGUUUCGGAGAGAAGAAAGCGGGACCUGGAGUAAGGACUUCUCUCUGACAUACUCCGCUCUUUCAUUUCAAUACUUUUCGUACAGAUUUUAACAGAAACAAAAGGGGACCCCUAAGUUUUGGAUGACCGUCCCCACAGUGCGUGGGACAAGGGGCGACUUUAACUGCUGUUAAAAGGAAAGCGUGGAGAAAAGUAACGAAAUAACUUUUUGCCAGGAGUGAAGGACUUUGGUUUUUUUCCUGUUCCCGGCGUAUGAAGCCUGACUUGAGUAGAAGAGGAAAAUGGGAACUUUGCAUAGAAAGUCCGGACGUGCCGCCGUAUUAGUUGCAUUAAUACUUCUCCUUGAUGUGGCUCAGAGCUCCAAGGUAUGGAGUGAGGUGGCAUUUCCGGAGGACAUGGAGGCCGAACGGGGGGGAAGGCUGGUUAAGAGGUUCUUGGCAGAAUCUGAUGACGAGGACUUCGCCAUGGAUGAAGCUUCGGGAGAAAGACCUAGUGGAGAAGAGGAUGGAAGCACCACAGGGUCCAAUAUUGACAUCCAAGGAGUUACAGUCUACUACCGUGCUCUGGUGAACUUCACCAAUUCCUUUGUGUACGGACCUGAGCUUGAAGACAUCAACUCCCCCCUUUUCAAGGAAAUCACAGAUGCUGUCGUGGACACGUUGGAGUCUGAAUACAACAAGAUACCUGGAUACCAGACAGUCAACGUGAUUAUCAUCAAGAAGUUGGGGAACGACGUCUUUGUGGAGCUGGACGUGGGGUCGGAAGAAAAUAUGAACACGGAGCAGAUCCGCGACGUCCUGUUCUCCGUGGUUCAGGAGGGCUCCAUUGCGUCCUACGUCACAUCCGUGCACGGAUUCCAGUUCCGACGUCUGGGAGGUGGAGAUCUGGAGAUUUCUGUUGACACGCCUCUCCUGGUGUCAGUAGACCCCAUACCAUCCCCAGUCCAAGUCGAUCACAAUCGACGGCCCUGCACCGAUUCCGAGUUUACUUGCCGGGAUGGCGAGUGCAUCCCGUCAGAGUACCGCUGUGACAAGAGGCACGACUGCAGGGACAUGAGCGAUGAAAUUGAUUGUGUCAUCACAGGUCCACGGCCGCCUGUCCCCAAGCCUCCGGUGCUCAGGCCCUGCAGAGCAGACCAGGCCACCUGCCAGAACGGACUGUGCAUCCCUCGCGACUACCUCUGUGACGGGGAGCGGGACUGCUCCGAUGGCAGCGACGAGAUCUCCUGUGGCACCCCGUCCCCCUGCGAGCCCAAUGAGUUCAAAUGCCAGAACGGACACUGUGCCCUGAAGCUGUGGCGAUGUGACGGGGACAACGACUGUGGGGACAACUCUGACGAGAGCUACUGCCCCGUGAAGAGCCCUGGGGACACCUGUGCCCCGGAGCAGUUUGUGUGCGUCACUGACCGCACAUGCAUCCCGGCCAGCUACCAGUGCGACGAGGAGCCGGACUGCCCCGACCGCUCCGACGAGAACGGCUGCACUCCGCCGACGAUCACCAGCACCCCCGAGGAGUCCGUCAUGGCCGUGCGAGGGGAGACUGUCACCUUCACCUGCAAGGCCGUCGGGGUGCCGACUCCCAUAAUCACCUGGAGGCUCAACUGGGGCCACAUUCCCAACAGCAGCAGGAUCACCAUGACCAGUGUGAACGGGCACGGAACCCUAACCAUCCAGGACGUGAAGGACGGGGAUCAGGGGGCGUAUACCUGCGAGGCCAUCAAUGCCAAGGGAAUGGUGUUCGGCAUCCCCGAUGGGGUCCUGACCCUCAAACCACCCGGCGCAGGCCAGUGUGCCAGCGGCCAAUUCGGUGCGGGCGACGGCUCCGCCUGCAUCCCCUGCUUCUGCUUCGGCAUCACCAAACACUGCCAGAACACCGGACGGAACCGCAACAAGAUCAGGCUUCGCUUCACGGAGGAGGACAACUUCAAGGGUGUUAACGUCUCGUUCCCGUCCCGGCCGGCCUCUCCUCCUCUCUCCUCCACCCAACUUCUGAUUAAUACCGAAGAGGAGGAAUUCCAGCUGGUGGAUCUAUCCCGACGCUUCCUCAGCCUGGAAUCCUUCUGGACAUUACCAUCCCAGUUUCUAGGCAACAAGGUGGACUCCUAUGGCGGAUCCCUGCACUACAAGGUGCGAUUCACCCUGGCUCGAGGGGAGACGGAACCUGUGCAAAAACCAGAUGUGGUGCUGGUGGGUAAUGGCCAAAAGCUGAUCUAUCGCCGGACCAGUCCCACAACUCCUAGGAUCACCAACGAGAGAGAGAUUAAGUUCACAGAGGAAAACUGGCAGCAUGCGUCAGGGCGACUGGUCACUCGUGAGGACCUGAUGAUGACGCUGGUUAACCUCGAGAGCAUCAAUAUUCGCACCACCUAUGACAACCGCAUGGUGAGCGUGGCUCUCAGUCACAUUGUCAUGGACACCACUACCAUGGAAUUCAGCGGCCAGGGUCCCGCCAAUGACGUGGAGCAGUGCAAGUGCCCCACAGGCUAUUCGGGCCUUUCCUGUGAGUCGUGUGCCUCUGGUUUUGAGCGUGUGUCCGGCGGUUCCUACCUCGGUACCUGUGCUGGCUGCAACUGCAACGGACAUGCCAGCGCCUGCGACCCCAUCAGCGGACAGUGCUUGAGCUGCCAGCACAACACUGAGGGGCCACAGUGUAACAAAUGUCGACCGGGCUACUUCGGAGACCCGACCCGUGGGCGCCCAGAUGACUGCAAGCCCUGUCCAUGCCCAUACACCGAGACCUCCCGUCGGUUCUCGGAUUCCUGUUUCCUGGAUUACGACUCCCAGGCAACAUGCGAUGCCUGCAGGCCGGGAUACACGGGCCGACGUUGUGAAAAAUGUGCACCCGGAUACCACGGUAACCCACUUCAGCCCAACGGCAAGUGUGUUCCCCAAACUCACGGCCAAUGCGACAACAGAGGGACUAUAUCCUCAAGCAGCAGACCGUGCAGAUGCAAGCCCAACGCGGUGGGCGCACUGUGCGACGAAUGUAGGAGCGGCUCCUUCCACUUGACCAAGGACAACCCAGACGGCUGCUUGCAGUGCUUCUGCAUGGGCGUGACCAAGCAGUGCACCAGCUCCACGUGGAGCAGGGACCAGGUGCGGGGGGGCGUAAACGGGCAGCUCUUCAGCCUGGCCAACGCAGCUCACACGCACACCAUCAACGACGGCAUCGCCCAGCGCGGCAGCUCCGAGGUCACCUUCCGCUUCUCCACACACGUCCCCCACGACGUCUUAUUUUGGGUCCUUCCUGAGAGCUUUCGGGGAGAUAAGGUCACGGCCUACGGCGGAGAGCUACGCUACACUGUGAGCUAUGUACCACGCCAGCACUCGGCGCCGAUCGAGGGCCAGCCAGAUGUGGCCCUCCAAGGCAACGGCAUCAUGCUGGAGCACUACUCCAGCACCAAGCCCACCCCCCACGUCGCCACAAUGAUCACCGUGCCCUUCAGGGAGUCGGCAUGGAAACGGUCGGACGGGCAGCCCUGCACACGCGAGCACCUGCUGAUGGCCCUUGCUGACAUCACAGUCUUUAUGAUCCGCGCCACCUACGCAAACAGUAUGACGGAGACUGGUGUUGCAGAUAUUUGGAUGGACAUUGCAGUGCCCCACUCCACAGGAAAUGAUCGUGCCCUAGAGGUGGAGGAGUGCGCCUGCCCUCAGGGUUACAGAGGUCCUUCAUGCCAGGAGUGCGAUGUCGGGUACAUCCGCACGGGGUCAGGACUGUACCUUGGCACCUGUGAGAGGUGCGAAUGCCACGGGUAUGCUACUACUUGCGACCCUGACACCGGGAACUGCCUGCAAUGCCAGCAUAACACGGCUGGGCCUCGCUGUGAUCGCUGCCGGCCUGGUUUCUAUGGCGACCCCAGGAGUGGCAGCCCAGCAGCCUGCCAGCCGUGCCCUUGCCCUGGUACCUCCCCAGACAUCCAAUUCUCUCGGACUUGUUUCUUGGACUCUGACGGCCAGCCUACUUGUGACGGUUGUCCGCCAGGCUUCACAGGCCGACGCUGUGAGAGAUGCGCAGCUGGAUACAGUGGCAAUCCACAGCUUGGGCAAGCGUGUACCAUUCGUAAUGAUCUUAAUGGAAACUGCUACAGCUGUGAUCAGAGAGGAAGUAACGGGUGUGACAGCAAUGGCGUUUGUCGCUGCAAGGCAUAUGUGGAGGGUCCCUUAUGUGGCCACUGCAAACCGGGCCAUUUCCACCUGAGCUCUGCCCACAAAGAUGGCUGCCUCUCCUGCUUCUGCAUGGGCAUCACCCAGCAGUGCUCAAGCUCCAGCUACUACAGAGACUUGGUGUCCUCGUCUUUUGCCCCCGGUCACUUCCAGGGCUUCGCCCUGGUGAAUCGCCAGCGCACUAAUCGGAUCGCCACGGGUUUCACGGUGGAGGUGUCCACUCAGGGCACUCAGCUCUCCUUCAGCAGAUUUGGAAACCUUGCCCAAGAAGCCCACUAUUGGCAGCUCCCAGAGGCCUACCGCGGAGACAAGAGUGAAGCUUUCUAUGCUCGUAUGAGACGAGCACACAAGAAAGACUCCCUGUGGACAGAGGAGCAAAUGCGGAAGGAUGCCUCCAUAUGGAAACUCAUGGACUCCAUGAUGAAAGGUUCUGGCAGGUUGAAGCGGGCCGUCGAGUCACCCAAUGAUAUCCAGAAGUUGGACGAGGAGAUAUGGGCGUUAAUUUCCAACUUCUCACAUAAACCAGCCAGUCGUCACCCCUUCUCACUUCCUGCAUCCCCUGCUUCCCUCAAACCAUGGAACUCCCCAUUACCUUCUGGUCCACAUGCCCCCACACCUCUGCAUCAGCCUUCUGGCCUCCUGGCCUCCGCAUCCAACAGGGCCCGUGGACCUCAUUCCACGCCCCCCGGUUAUUCCUCUGAGCUCUCAGAUGCCCAGGCUCUGCCUCAGACUCGCCGAGAUGUGAAUGUGUAUGCUCUGGUCUACAAAGGUUUCAGCUUGUACCCAGAGGAAGUCCUUUUCUGGCAGCUGCCUCCACAGUAUAAGGGGGUCAAGGUCGGCUCCUAUGGUGGCCGCCUGAAAUACACCCUCUCCUAUGUGUCAGAUCCAAGGGGCUCGUCCGUUGAGGAUGUCGACGUUCAGAUUAUCGGCAAUGACAUCACCCUGGUCACUCGGCAACCUUGGCCUAGGAGGCAGGGCACACGGGAGUCCCGUCAGUUUGAGCUCGUCUUCAAAGAGGAGAACUGGCAGCGGCCAGACGGCAUGCCCGCCACACGCGAGCACCUCUUGAUGGUGCUGGCUGACCUGGAUGACAUCUUGAUCCGGGCGUCCUACUACACAGACAUGCGCUCCACCAGCAUCUCCGAUGUCAGCAUGGAGGUGGCUGUGCCAAACUACACCGGCCUGACACAGGCCUUGGAAGUCGAGGAGUGCCGGUGCCCACCUGGCUACCAGGGCCUGUCCUGCCAGGACUGUGCUGCAGGGUACACCCGAACUGGAGGAGGACUCUACCUUGGUCACUGUGAGUUGUGUGACUGCAACGGGCACUCCGACUCCUGCCAUCCGGAGACAGGCGUCUGCACGAAUUGCCUCCAUAACACCAUGGGCGAGACGUGUGAGCAGUGUGCCGCCGGGUUCUUCGGCGAUCCCACUGCAGGAACACCAGAAGAUUGCCAGCCCUGUGCUUGUCCACACACAGAUCCAGAAAAUCAGUUUUCUCAUACCUGUGAGAGCACUGGCAAUGGAGGCUAUCAGUGCACGGCUUGCCAGCGAGGAUACACCGGCCAGUACUGUGAACGCUGUGCACCAGGAUAUGUUGGCAACCCUCAAGAGAGGAUUAAGUGCCGUACCCACAGCGAUGCUGCUUCCCUGGUGGUGAGAAUUCAGCCAGAGAGAGUGCAGGUGUCCCAGGGAGGCACUGUGACCCUCCGCUGUCAAGUUACCAGCCUUCCGCCCCACAAAUUCCAGUGGUCGAGGGAAGAUGGACGGUCCCUCUCGAGCAAUGUGGAGAUACACAGACAUGGUGAGGAGCUGCGCUUCUCGAGUGUCCAGCCUCAUGAUGCUGGUGUUUACAUCUGCACCUGCCAAGACCGGCACAAUACCAACCGGAGCCGUGCCGAGAUCGUCGUCACCGCUGUUUCCACCAAACCUAUUGAAGUGACAGUUGAGGAACCCAAAACUCAGAGUGUAAGAGUGGGAUCAACCAUCCAUUUCAUCUGCACAGCCAAGAGCAAGUCGCCAGCGUACACCCUCGUGUGGACCCGUCAGGGGAGGGGCAACCUGCCAGACCGGGCCGUGGAUUUCAACGGCAUCCUCACCAUCCAUAACGUGCAGCCAGAAGAUGCCGGCAUCUACGUCUGCACGGGCUCCAACAUGCUUGCCAUGGAUGAAGGCACUGCCAUCCUGCACGUCCCAGAAGCCUCACAGACUCAGAUGUUUUACACGGCCUAUGAAAUGUUUGAAGGACAUAGAUCGCCAGCUGAUGGUUCGCAGCCCGUAGCCACAGUGCACCCGCCAGUGCUGAGCGUCCAGCAGGGACAGCGGGCAGAGUUCCGCUGCACUGUCACUGGAAACCCCCCUCCUGUGAUCGAGUGGAUAGGAGGACCAGGCAGAAGGAUUAACCCCAAUGCCGUCAUCCGUGGGGAAGUCCUGACCAUCCCAGCUGUGGAUCGCGCAGACGAAGCCGAGUACAUCUGCAAGGCCCUGAAUGUUCACGGGGAGCAUGCAGCCCGGGCCAUGCUCUACGUUCACAGUUCCAGCCUACCCCAGGUUCAGGUGAGCCCUCAGACUGUGGACAUACACGAAGGGGAGACUCUGCGGCUGUACUGUCGAGCUGGUGGGACGCCCACUCCUGGUCUGGAUUGGAAGAGAAGGGAAGGUCCUCUUCCCCAGCAGGCUAUCCCCUCUCAUGGUUUUCACCAGUUUAAAAGCAACAGUCUUGAUGUGUUACAGAAACGCAUAGAGGAGCUUCAGGCACGCAUGGAGCGAACAGACAUAGGUACUCUGCUGAUUCCCAACAUGAAGGCCUCCGACGCAGGCACCUACCUGUGCGUGGGAACCAACUCCAUCGGCUCGUCUGAGGCCAGCAUUAAGGUGAAAGUGAUCAAAGGUGAGGCGUACAUCCAGAGGCAGCUGCUGAACGGUGGACAAGGAACAGCGGACCCUAUACCCACAUGGAUCACCAUCCUGCCCCAAGUGGCUACAGUGCAGGAAGGCCAGUGGCUGGACCUCAACUGUGUUGUUCCUGGAAACUUUCCAGCCUCGGUCACCUGGCGAAGGACAGACAGACCCCUCUCCUCCAAUCAUCAGGUUCGUGGUACCAUGCUGCGGAUCCUCCAGGCUUCUCGGGAGGAUGCGGGGGAGUACAUCUGCCGACUUGAGGGCAGCUCGACCGUCCAGCAGGCCUCUGUGACCGUCACAGUGACCUCUAGCACAUCUCAAGCCAUUACAUCGGUCACCAUCCAGCCCUCCAUCGCCACUGUACAGGAGGGCAACUUGCUGGACCUCACGUGUCUUGUCCCUGGAACCUCUUCAGCCUCAGUUGUCUGGCAAAGGGCAGGAAGGCCCCUAUCCUCCAAUCAUCAGGUCCAUGGCAGUGUGCUCCGGAUCCUCCGGGCCUCUGCAGACGACGCCGGGGAGUACACCUGCCGGGUCGAAGGCGGCCCAGCUCACCAGCAGGCUUCUGUGACUGUAUCUGUGACCUCAAGCACAUCACGGCUGCAAACACCCGUUAUCUCCAUCGAGCCCCAUAAUACCGUAGUGCGCGCAGGUGAGGCAGCCAGCUUCAGGUGCUACAUCUACAAUGGCGUUCAGCCUGUCCGUCUGGAGUGGAAGCUGGAGAACAACCAGCCUUUGCCAGACAAUGUAAAGGUUGGACCUGACAACUCAGUCAUCACCAUCACUAAUGCCCAGCCAAGGAACCAGGGCCCCUACUACUGUGUGGCCAGUAACCUCUACGGACAAACCCGAAGUACCGCUUCCCUGAUUGUCAAAGAUUCCCUCAAAGUGACUGUGACCCCCGAAAGUCCAGUUCGUGUCUGGGUUGGCGAACCCAUCAAUCUGGAGUGUCAAGCCAGGGGAGAUUCACGCCCGUCCGUCAGCUGGCAUCGAAUGGACAACAGCCGUAGGAUUGUCCUGAACAGCCCUGUGCCAAUGGAGUCAAAUGCAGUGAUGCAGGUACUGGUGGCCCGCCCAGAGGACGCUGGUACCUACAUUUGCACAGCCCAUAGCAGUGAGGGAACCUCUGAAGCCAGGGUGGAGGUGAUCAUUGAAGGUGGCCCACGGGUGCCUUCUGUCCCCAUAGCUUCUGUGCCUGAGCCGUUGAUGGUGGUAAAGGAAGGUCAGACUGUCACACUGCGCUGCAACGCCCGAGGAUACCCGACUCCCACCAUCACAUGGUCUAAGCUUCGUGCGCCGCUCCCUUGGAGGCACAGUGUGGUCAACAACACCCUGGUCCUAACCAGUGUUGGGCGCCAGGACUCCGGCCAGUAUAUCUGCAAUGCCACCAACAACCUGGGAGUCUCCGAGGUCGUCAUCAUGCUAGAUGUGGAGACUCCCCCUUAUGCUACCACUCUGCCGGAUGACCUGUCUGUCCGGGUGGGUGAAGUGAUCCGGCUGCAAUGUUUGUCACACGGGACGCCACCCCUGACCUUCCGCUGGACUAAGGUCAACGGCAGCAUGUCAGCAAGAGCUGAGGUCAGGGAUGGGAACCUCCAGAUCAAUCUGGCCACAGCAGAUGAUGCUGGCACCUACAAGUGCGUCGUCAGCAACAAAGUUGGAUCCAGUGAGGCGUUGGCAAAAGUCAUUGUUAGAUCACCCUUAGAGGUGCGUGUGUACCCACAGGUAGAAGUGAAAGCACCCGGAAGUGCUGUAGAGUUUACUUGUUCAGCAAAUGGGGGCAUCGAGACCACCAUUGAGUGGCUGAAGGAGGGAGGCUCCUUGCCUGCUAACCAUCACAUCAAGGAUGGCAUGCUGAGGAUUGAGAACCUGGAGAAAAGUAACGCUGGCAUAUACAUCUGCAGAGCCACGAGUCUGUAUGGGCAGGCUCAGGACACCGCUAAGCUCACCAUACAAGCACUGCCCAAAGUGAUGAUCAACAUACGGACCUCAGUGCAGACAGUUAUGCUGGGCAGCUCUGUGGAGUUUGAGUGCCAUGCUACUGGCGACCCAGAGCCCACCGUGCAGUGGAGCAAAGUGGACGGCACGUUGUUCUCUCAUGUGGUGGUGAAAGGUGGCAUGCUGACGAUCAACAGGGUGACAGAGGCCGAUGCCGGAAAGUACCGCUGCACCGCCACCAAUAAUGUGGGCUCAGUGCAGUCUGAGGUGGUACUCAAUGUGCAGACCCUUCCUCAGAUCACUGCCCAACCUGAAGUAAGAGAGGUGACAGUGGGGUCCACUGCCGUCUUCCCUUGCAUGGCUUCGGGUUAUCCUCUCCCACAGAUCACAUGGACGAAGCUGGAGGGACCACUUGCUCCAAAAGCUUCUCAAGAAGGCCAUGUCUUGACCAUCACCAAUGUCACCUAUGAGGACUCAGGAACAUAUGUGUGUACUGCCUCUAAUAAGCAGGGAAAAGUCCAGGCCUUUUCGAUGCUGAAAGUUCACGAGAGAAUUAUGCCCUACUUCACCCAGACUCCACUGUCCUACCUUACCCUGCCCACCAUAAAGAAUUCAUACAAAGCUUUCAAUAUCAAGAUCACCUUCCGGCCAGACAAUGUUGAUGGUGUCAUUCUGUAUGCCGGCAUGAUUCUCUACAAUGGGCAGAAGAGGAUCACAGGUGCCGACUUCAUCUCGCUUGGCCUUGUUGGUGGCCGUCCUGAGUUCAGGUUUGACGUAGGCUCAGGUAUGGCCACCAUACGCUUCCCCACUCCCAUUAAGCUAGGCGAGUUCCACACAGUAGAGCUGUAUCGAAAUGCCACCCAAGGGGUCAUCAUCGUGGAUGGACAAGGUCCAAUCAACGGCAGCUCACAGGGCAAAUUCCAAGGACUGGAUCUGAAUGAGGAGCUCCAUGUGGGUGGUUAUCCAAACUACAGUAUCGUUUCUAAAACCACUGGUCUUAAGAAUGGAUUUGUUGGCUGUAUCCGUCAACUCAUCAUCCAGGGGGAUGAGGUGAUUUUCAAAGACCUGGACCGUAGCUCCACAGGAGUCUCAAAUUGCCCCACCUGCAAAGACCGGCCAUGUCAGAAUGGAGGAGUCUGUGAAGACUCAGAGACCAGCAACUACAAAUGCGAAUGUGUGCACGGAUUCACUGGCAGCAACUGCGAGCACCACUCCUCUAUGCACUGCCACCCAGAGGCCUGUGGGCCUGAUGCCACUUGCAUCAACAACCCAACUGGUCGAGGCUAUGACUGCCGCUGCCACCUGGGCAAGUUCGGGGAGAAGUGUAUGCAUGGGACCUUGGUGACCACGCCCCUGUUUAAUGGCCAGGACUCCUUCAUUACAUACCCACCACUCACCAACAUUCACAACGACCUGCGUGUGGACUUGGAGUUCAAGCCCAUGGAGGCCAACGGGCUGAUGUUCUUCAGCGGGGGGAAGAAGAUGAAGGUCGAGGACUUUGUGUCCUUGGCAAUGGUGGACAACCAUGUCGAAUUCCGCUAUGAGCUGGGGACGGGUAUGGCUAUACUGCGCAGCCGUAACCCUGUCAAACUGGGCCAGUGGCACCAAAUUGAAGCCGAACGCAUCGACAGGGAUGGCUCUCUGAAGGUGGACCAAGCCCGUGAGGUGCGGCGGUCAUCUCCGGGAAAAGCCCAGGGCCUAAACAUCUACACUCCCAUGUACCUGGGUGGUGUACCUAGCAUGGACAUCCUGCCCAAACCUGCCAACGUCAGCAUGCUGUUUAAGGGCUGCAUUGGGGAGGUUUCCAUCAAUGGGAAGAAGGUGGACCUGUCUUACAGCUUCACGGAGAGCCGGUCCAUCUCGCAGUGCGUGGAUGCCAACCCCUGCGAGCGGCGACCCUGCCGGAAUGGCGGCACCUGCCUGUACAGUGCAGAGUAUGAGUUCCAGUGCAUCUGCCAGGAUGGUUUCGAGGGCGAGCUCUGCGAGGUGGUCAAAGAUACAUGUCAACACAACUCUGAGUGCCAGAAUGGGGGCCGUUGCCUCGCCAAUCGCUGUGCGUGCCCCUCUGGUUUCACCGGCCUCUUCUGUGAAAUGAGACAGUCUCUGAGCUUCCCCGAUGCCAUGUGGGAUUUGGAGGGUAGCGGGGGGAAUGAUUCCCCUGCUGAAUAUGCAGCCUAUUUCCAUGACAAUGGGUACCUGGCACUACCUAAGUCAGUCUUCCCACGAAGCUCUCUCGAUGCCCCUGAGGUCAUUGAGCUGGAGAUCCGGACAGCUUCCUCAGAAGGCCUGAUACUGUGGCAGGGAGUGGAGCAGAACAGCGCUUUGCCUAAGCUGCAUGCUAAUCGAAAGGAACUCGGAGAUCAGGGAAAAGGCAAAGACUUCAUUAGUCUUGGUUUACAAAACGGACACCUUGUCUUCAGCUACCAGCUGGGAAGUGGGGAGGCCAGGAUUACUUCCAGAGAGCCAAUUAACAAUGCCGACUGGCGCAUGAUUAGAGCCGUGAGAACUGGCAAACAGGGCUACAUCCAGAUUGAUGGAGGACCCAUCAGCAGAGGAUUGUCACGGGGCGAAAGUGUAAUGGUGAACACGAAAGGCGAUAUCUAUCUUGGUGGUGCUCCAGACAUGGUGGCACUUACAGGAGGAAAGUUCUCCACUGGGAUCACAGGCUGCAUAAGGAACUUGGUCCUGGCGAAUACCUUACCCUGGGACAGGCAGUUGCAACCCAUCGACAUACUGGCCCACAGUGGAGAGGGCAUCAGUGUUGAGCGGUGCUCAUCGUAGGCAGCAGAGCCCAUUGACUUUGGAGGGAAAACAAAUACCAUUCAUAUACAUAUACAAACACAAAUAUGGUGCUUUGCUGCUACCCAAAAAAAAGAAAACAAAAUCACAAAAACAAAAGGAUUGUCUUUUCUCUGUGUUGCAUUAAAGCAAAAAAAAAAAAAAAAGAAAAACGCAAAAUAUUAACAAGUCUUCACAAAAAUCUCCCUCAGUGUUAUAUCACCAGUGAAGGACUAUUAAGCAAAAGAUCAAGUUCAGCUUCAGUUUACAUACUCAGUUAACUUUUAGCCAUGAAACGAAAACAAAGAUAGACCUUUUGUGAUGGAUCCAUGUGGAGUUGGGAGAUUUAACAGCACUGAAUAUUAUUUAUAUACAUAUAUAUUUUUGUGGGGGGAGGGGGGAUGCAAACUAACCAUAACUUGCUCCUAGAGUGUAUUCUGGGUUCUAAUACUGUGUGUCCGAGGCUCGGUGGCCAAGUUGUGUUAAUACUUGAAAAUGUUUAGGCCUCCUCUGUUUAUUAUUUCUCUGCUUUUCUUUCCGGAGACCAUUUGGGCGAGCAUGCUCAAAGCUUUGUUACACGCGGGGGUCAAAGGUCACGGCUCAAAAGCAGUAUCAAGACACAGCUCAGGUGAAGAAACGAUGCCGAAGACGACGUGAAUAAGGCUGUGCUUUUCGUUGCGCUCAAUUAUCUUGUUUCUUCUGGGAAAUCAUCUGCCUUCCAUGCACAUCAAGCUAUUGUGCUUUUUUUUUCCGGAAAGCAGCCAGGUUCGGAAAAAUGGUGCUAAUUAUCGGGAUAAAAGAAUCAUCAUGUGGUCGUUUUUAGCACUGUGUAAAAGCUGUGCUAAGACUGUUUUCAAUCACCAAAGUUUUUAACUAUAAAAGUUCUCUCCCUGUAUAGUCACCACUUCUGUUGUCUUUGCACAAGACAUUGGAUGGUUUCCCCAACCAUUUAUCAUCAACUGAAUAUCGAUAUUAUUCGGCUGUUUGAUGGGCUUCUGUCCAGCUCCUUGUAAUCGCUGAAAUCUUAUGGAAUUGAGUGGAUCUCAAAUGCUUAGAUGUGAGGUGAACUGAAUAGUUAUGUAGCAAUUUUUUUUUACCUAGUUAAUUUUAUGUACAACCUAAAAAUACUUAAAAGGCCACUCAUCUGUGUUCAGUUACAAUCAUGAUACCUAUCUGCUAGUCAGGUAAACCCAUAGUCCAGACCAUUGUAUUUGUCCAAUUUUUUAAGUGAUAGAAGUGCCUUGUUUAUACAUUUUUUUAGCCUCCCAUCCCACCACUGAUCACCACUCUGUCUCUUAAGUUAGCAGAAAGUCUUUUGUCGUAAUAUAUGUUGUCCCACGGGCAUUUCUCUGCCCACACCACCGGAGGAAUACUGCAGAGCUGCCUCAGGAAAGACGUCAUUCUCAUUCAGAGACAUUAUCAGUGCUGGUUUUAGUAAUUUAGCCUAAUUACUUGCACUGCAGAGAAAGUGUCACGGUCAUCAGUUUUCUUGGUGGGUGGGUGGGGGGCUCCCGAGUAAAGCCUAGCCUAGGGCCCCUGAAAAGGCCCCUAGCCUUGCCUUAGAUUCAGUAUGAUAGGACAGGGUCCUUAGAUGACACAGCAUUGACUGUGUUAACACACUGGAUAGGGCUGAACAAAAGAAAGAUCUUUACGUAGCAGCUAGACGUGGCGUAGGGCGACAGUUUCACGAAAGACCACCAGGGGCUCCCUCGAGCAUGCUCGCCAACAUGAGUGAACCACGUGGCAGUUCACUUCAGAGUAUCACCUACUUGUCACUUUUAAAAGCUUUACAUUGUUUAAAAUAAAUAAACAAGCACCAUCAAAACAAACGUAUGUCAUUUUUUAUUUAUUUGACUUUAUUGCCAUUUUCUGGGCUGAUUCUGCUGUUGUCGGAAUGACUGAGUUUCCCCUUUUUUGUCUUUGGGUAUUAAAUGCAUAAUCGCUUCCCUCCCUGUUCUUCUCAUAGAAAACAAAACUGAAUUAAUCAAAGUUCCCUAAAUGAUUUUUGCCUACUGUCCCUCCAUCCAUCCAAAGUCAUGCUGUGGAAUAGUAACUGACUGGAAGAUCCCAACUUUGAAUGGAGAAUUAACCUUUUUAUAUAGUAACCUCAACAGUCAUGUUAUUUUUCAGAUGUCUUUCUUAUUAAACAUGAUGUUCUGUUCACUUUU